GCUAGUAAGUGUGUACUGGCACUGUCAAGUACAGAGGGCUGCUCGACCAAAUUUGCAACAAAACAUUAAAACUUUGUAAUCAAUAUAAUUAUGUUUUACGACUUUUAAUCAUAUGUAUUUGGUUUAAAUUAUCACAUAAAGACGCAUUUUAGAUUAGCACAUAUGUAUUUUGUUUAUAAAUUUGUAUAACGGUGAACAAAGUCAGAAAAAAAUAUGUGGAUAAUUUCCUAAAAUCUCAUGAAAGCUCAUGUGUAUUUAAUGUUUUUUUUAAUGUCUGAACUAAAUUAUAAAGAAAUUGUAUUUAUGAAUGUAUUCAUAAAAUCUAAUACUGAUAUUUGCAAGUUCAUAAAUUAAUGGCUAGUUGUAUUUAUUUUUCCAGAAACUGGCAUCCCACGGCCACUGAAUCCUGCCUUCAUGAAUAUCCUCUUGGGUUCCUGGGAAAUUGAUGUGUUCCUGAAUCAUCCUUCGAGCUAAUUUGAGAGAAACAGUAUAUCCGGCGGGUUUCUGCGGCCUCUUCCCCUACUUGUGCUCGUCCCCGCCCGCCGCGUCGGCCUGCGCUGGCUCGGAAGGCGCACCGCUCCGCCCCUGCGCCUCGUGCAUCGCGGAGAUAGCCAGCAUGAUCAACAUCAAGUGCAACAUUCCAACGGCGGUGGGCAAGUCGGUUCCCUUCGGUCUCCUCUCUACAAUGGAUUUCUCAUCUCAGGAUUCUCCUCCGUGUGUUCAGAACGAUCACUCCUUCCACGCUCUCUCGCCGAGUGUUUUGCAAAGGCGGUCUGAGUCCGCGCGCGCAGCCACGUCGCCCUCCCGCUCUGACGGUGUUUCUGUGCGUGAGAAGCGAGGAAGAACAGCGGACGCCCUGGGGAAGGCACAGCCGGCACGUCCGGCGAAGCCCACCGCUAAUCGACGCAAGCAAA